GAGCAGUCCCUGCGGGAGCCCCCAUGGAGCAGGAUGAGCCAGACGUGGUGGAGCUGCAGGACUCGGACGAGGGGGACGUGGUCCGGAGGGUCUUCAUUGCCGAUGAUGGCAUCGUGAGCGACGGCGAGGCCGAGGUGCUGCCUCACGAGAUCAUCCGCACGGUGAUCCCGCACAGCCCCCUGCGCCCCCCGCUUCCCCGCGGGACCCCCGGCCCGGCCCCGGGGGGCUCUGAGGAGGGCGGGGGGCGGCGGGGCGGAGGCCGCCAGCGCCCCUUCAUCUGCAACGAGUGCGGCAAGAGCUUCAGCCACUGGUCCAAGCUGCUGCGGCACCAGCGCACGCACACGGGCGAGCGGCCCAGCACCUGCGGCGAGUGUGGCAAGAGCUUCUCGCAGAACUCGCACCUGGUGCAGCACCGCCGCACCCACACCGGGGAGAAGCCGUACAGGUGCAGCCACUGCGGCAAGAGCUUCUCCUGGAGCUCCAACCUCAUCCAGCACCAGCGCAUUCACACCGGGGAGCGCCCGUACGGCUGCGCCGAGUGCGGCAAGAGCUUCACGCAGAGCAAGAACCUCAUCAAGCACCAGCGCACCCACGCCGGGCCGGGGGCAGCGCGGCCGCGGCGCUGCGCCCACCCUGCAGGCGCCCCGAGGGCGAUGAAGGGGUCUCGGGCAGGGGGUGAGGGCGAGGGGCCCGUGGGGGCCGAGGGCGGCUGCGGGCAGGAGCCGCUGAUCUGCAUAGAAUGUGGGGAGAGCUUUGCCCGGAGCGCCGCGCUCAGGAGGCACCGCCGGGGGCACCGCCCGCUCUUCGUGCCCUGAGGGGACAAUGUGGGGACAGUGCCCACUCUUGAUGCCCUGAGGGAACGUGGGGACACUGUGGAGAGGGCACAGGGACAGUGGGGCACUGUCCUUGCACCACUGGGGGCACCACCCACUCUUUGUGCCCUGAGGGACAGGGGAACAGUGGCACCGGGACAUGGGGACACAUGGAUAGUUGGGGCACUGCCUGCUCUUCAUGCCCUGGGGGGACACCGUGGUGGGGAUGCAAGGACAGUUGGACAAUGCUCUGGCAGUGUCCGCUGUUGGUGACCUGCGGGGACACAGGGACACAGAGACAAUGGGCCAUCCAGGUGGGGGACACAGAGACUGUGACACCAUGCGAGGAGACAGGGAGUGUUUCAUGGACAGGACAUGGUGACAGAGCUGGGGGAACACAAGUUAUGCCACAGAUGAGGGAAUGUGGUGACAACAAGCAGAGACAGUGGGGGGGCACCUGGACUGGGACAAGGACAGGACACAGUGACUCCAAGGGGGAGGACACACGGACGGGACAGAGUGACACAGAGCUGAUGUCCCCAAGCCCACCCUCUGCCCUCUGUCACCCUCGGUGCCCCUCGCUGGUCCCUGUCGGUACCACAUCCCAGAGUUGUAAAUAGGGGAAGGGGGGAGGGACACAGGGGUGGGACCCCGGGGGUGGGAGGUGACACCGGGAUGCCCAUGUGGGGGUGGGGACCCUGUGAGGCGGGGAGGGGGCAUGGACGGGACGGGGCUGUGAAUAAAGUUGUG